AUGCUGUGCUUCACUGCUAUGACAACAAGACUUGUCUUUCUAACCUGGCUGGUGCACAUAAGCGCAUGGGGAAAUCCCAUUGUGCCAGCGUCUGAAGCUGAGGAGAGGGAGCGACUGGAGUGGGCGCUGACCCGUUCCAAGGAGGGCACGUUAAAGCCCGGUGGGCAGCAGCGUCUGGAGAAGAUCAAUAGUCUAGGACCGGAGGGGCAGAAGGAAGCUAACAGAACGAGCAGCAAAAUGAGACCUAGCUGGAGUUCCUUGAAGCGAGUAUCAAAAUCUCAGGUAAAGACGCAGGAGGCCUGGACUGAGCAAGACUCGCUGAAGAAAGCUGAUGAAGGCCCCACAGGAGAGGCUAAUACUUCAAUGGAUGCCAUUGAUGAGUACACAUACCUUGAUUACAGGGGCAAAGGAUGCAUGGAUGAAACUGGGUUUGUGUUUGCCAUCGGUGAGAAAUUCACCCCAGGACCGUCCACAUGCCCCUGCCUGUGCACAGAUGAGGGGCCUCUAUGUGACCAACCAGAGUGUCCGAAAGUGCAUCCUCGCUGCCUACGUGUGGACACGAGCCAAUGCUGCCCUCAGUGUAAAGAGAAAAAGAACUACUGUGAGUUCAGAGGAAAGACCUACGCAUCACUGGAGGAGUUUAAGGUAUCUCCAUGUGAGAAAUGCCGGUGUGAACCCAGUGGGGAGGUUCUGUGUUCUGUAUCAGCUUGCCCACAAACAGAAUGUGUUGAUCCUGAGUAUGAGCCUGACCAGUGCUGUCCAGUGUGCAAGAGCGGACCGAACUGUUUUGCUGACACGGCUGUGAUCCCAGCAGGCCGUGAGGUGAAGAUUGACGACUGCACCAUCUGCUACUGCACAUAUGAGGAAGGUACCUGGCGCAUUGAGCGGCAAGCAACCUGCAGCAGAAACGAGUGCCAGCAGAGUUAA